AUGACGCAUGAAUGGCGCGCCGCGCGCCGGGGGGCGGGGUGUGGACACGUGCGCGCGCCGGGGUCUGGGGCUGGAGCGCGGAAGGACACAUGGCGGCUGCCCGGGGGCAGCGCCGGAGGAGGCGGCAGCGGUAACGGCUGUGUUCAGCCAAACUGUCAGACUAUGAAGGAGCACAGCAAUGGUAAAUGCUGUAAAAGAUUCUUAAGGGCAAACCUUAGAGAGCAACUGAGGUCCCACCACAGCAAAUGGAAGCAACUGGAAGGCUCGUUGUGCUCCCAAAGACAGUUUUAUUAUCAGCAGAAGCAGCGUCUGUGGCUGUCAAUCAGGAAAAAACGGGUCAAGUCUGUGCUAAGAAAGGCCCUUUCGAAUUGUCAACAGUGCAGAUCUGUGAAAAACACCAGAUGUUUGAAGGCGACACAGAAGGAAACGGCGUUGUUCACCUCGAGCAUCAAUGACACACCAACCGAAGAAACAUGUACACCAACCUUGGCAACCCAUGAGGAAGGAGAGAGUAAGGGACAUGAAAUUUGUGAAGCUUGGAACAGCAAUGCUGUAGCCCCAGAUUCGGACUGUAAAUCAACAAUUUUAUAUUGUAAAGCAGUAUCGAGAAAUCUAACAGUACCUGCAAAGGUAACUUGCCCCAAAUCCCAGCGAAAGAAUAACAGUGGGCUUCAGGACGAGAUUAUAAAUCAGAAGCUAUUAAAUGGUUACAAAAGAAUAGACUUCCAAGGGAGCAAAGAGCCCAUGUCCAAUAGUUUACCUCACAAGACAAAGCGGCAGCUGAAAGGGCACAAAAUCUGUCUGCUCUACAGGAAACCUUCUCUCUUUAGCUUCCGUUUUAGAAUAUUAAAUAGUCAAAACAGGCGGAAAAAGUUUACCAGUCAAAGGCAAGAGAAGCUAAACUGGGCGCAAUCUUCAAAUCCAAAAAAGGCUGGCCGAUGUUUGGAUAAAAUGGCAUGUGAUAUGUCUUCUCUGUCACCUCCCAAAGGUGAAGAUUCCAGUGAGAAUGUGCAGUUUGCUUCAGAUCAGAAUAGUAGUACACCAGAGACAAUGAAACAAGACAAGAAUUCCUGCCUGACUAAUUGCUGUGAAGUUUCACUUUUGCCUCUUGAUGAGAGGAUGGACACUUCACAAGCACAGGAGGCGAUGCCUCAUUUUGUUCAUUCAAACGAAAAGCUUGUUGAUCAUAAUCAAACAGUCGACGAAAACGCAACGGCAGUGUUCCCUCCCUCGAGCCCUCUUGGAUUGGAUACUACUUGUGCCAACCAGCUUGUGGGUGCAGAUGAGUGGUCUAAAAGCGACGAGGCAUCCCAGUUGUUUACCGUCUCGCAGGAGAGACUUUCAAGCCAAACCCCAGUGAGUGAUGGGGAGAUGCAGGUCAUCAAUGCCACAAUGGACUUGAGUCCUGUAUCAUGUAGACACACAAACGCUUCUGUUAAUGAAUCUGGCCAGUCAGUAUGUUUGCAAAGUGGUGAGCCAUGUCCUGUGCUUCAACCGCAGCUGAUGGACCACAUUUACUAUAGAUCUACCAAGGAACAAGCUGAGCACGCAUCAGUGAGGACUGAACUGCCAGCUAGAAGUCAGGCUGAAAAGGAAAAGGAGAAUGAAUCUCAGACCUGCUCUGUUGCCAGUGAACAAUUAACAUCCUGUAUUCAUGCUUUCCUGGAUGAGUUUUUGAGAAAGUAUGGGAGCCUUAUCCCACUUACCGAGAAUGAUGUUCUGAUGAAGCUAGAGCAGAUCUUUCAUCAAGAUUUCCUUGACAGGAAGGUCUUCAUCCGGAUGGAAAUACGAAAGUAUCAGAAAGCACAGGUGAACAAACCAGUGUCCGGUUUCCAAGUGGUUUACAACAAGCACGUUUUGACUUUGGACGACCUAGCUACGCUUUAUGGAGAGAAUUGGUUGAAUGAUCAGGUAAUAAACAUGUAUGGAGAACUGAUUGUAGAUGCAGUACCAGAUAAGGUUCAUUUCUUCAAUAGCUUCUUUUACAAGCAGCUUCAAACUAAAGGAUACAACGGAGUGAAGAGGUGGACGAAAAAGGUGGAUUUAUUCAGUAAAGCCCUGUUACUAAUUCCUAUUCAUUUGGAAAUCCAUUGGUCAUUGCUAACAGUUGAUCUUCCAAAUAGGAAAAUUUGUCUCUAUGAUUCUCAAGGCAUCCAUUUUAAUUCCUGUGUUCAGAACAUUCUGAGGUAUUUAAAAACAGAAGCUGGUGAGAGGAAUCUUCCUGCAUUCCUGGAAGGGUGGAAAGCUUUUGCCACGACGUGUAUUCCUCAACAGAAAAAUGAUAGCGACUGUGGUGUGUUUGUUCUUCAGUACUGCAAGUGCCUGGCUCUAGGAAGACCUUUUCAAUUUUCUCAGAAAGACAUGCCUGAAGUAAGAAAGCUGAUCUACAGAGAACUGUGCGAGUGCAAGCUUUUGGAGUGAGCUGACAGGAAAGAGGUGAUUGAAGCUCCUCGCAGGAAAUUGCAUUCCAGGAGAACGGUGUGGCCAGUACUGUUACAUGACGUAUGGAAGGCAGGGAGGAAGUACUGAAGGCACAGUGGCAGUGUUUACCUCCUUUCCAGGUGCAUGCAUGGCCUGAGCACCUUCAGACUUAAUAAAAGCACAACUUUGCUCGAUUGGCCUGUUGCUGACAAAUUGCAUGUAGCAGUAGACUAUAAAUUUAGACUUCCUUAUUGUCUGCAUAUUUUGAGAACCUCUGAAGCAAAGGAAGUAGUAAAAUUUACAUUAACUUAAGGGGAAAACUGAAGUCUUAGUGUAGAAAUUGUUCCAGGUAAUAUUAAGUGUGAACCCCCUCUUCAUAACCACUGGGGAGAUUUUCACUUUUUCCACAGAUGUUUAAUGAUCAUUAGGUCAUGGUGUUGAACUGCAGCAUGUUUAAAAGUGAAAAUAGUUCAUUCAAAAAAACGCAGUGACUCUGGGGUCAGUUCUGUGAAUGUCAGAGGCGAUGGUAACACUGGACAUAAGUACUAUAAAUUUUACAUGUUUAAUCCAAGGUGCAUUUUCUGCCUACCCGUUUUUCUCUCUCUCACGUGCAAUGGGCUAUGCUUCUCCAUUUCAUUCGUCAAACAAUGGGAUGGAUUUGUUGGAGUGCCAUAAUUAUAAUUUGAUCUCAGAGUUGGUGUAUGUGUUUGCCUUGCUUAAUACUGAUAAGCCUUUCCCUUUUCUGUUUAAACAAAACUAUUAUUCUUUUGUAUUUUACUUCUAACUCUAGCCCUUCAGAGUAAAACAUCCAAUCAGGCUCAUUGUAGAAGUUCUUUCAUUUUAAACAUCAAAUACCUAGGUGUUGCAAACUUGGGUACUGCCAAUGUAGCCUUUUGUUUUUAAUUCUUUGAUUAUGAGGGUUGCUGGCAAGGUUAGCAUUUAUCAUCCAUCUCUAGUGCCCUGAGAAGGUAGUGGUGGGCCUCCAUGAACCUCUAACAAUAUGAUGCAACUGGAGGCAUUUGAGUCAACCAUGUUGGUAUGAGAUUGCAGUCACGUUUAGGCCAAACCAGGUAAGGACACUCAGGUUUGUUAAAGUUCUUUGACAACAAUCUGACACCAUCAUACUCAUUUUAUUGAUACUUUUUAACAUGAAUUAAAAUUUGCAAACUCCAAUGGUGGGAUUUGAGUGCACGUGCUCGGAAUUAAUAACAACCAUUACACUACUGUAUCUUGUACCUACUUUUAUGGUUCCAUUAUUGAUUUAAUAUUUUGUUUUAUGACUGGACAAAUCAUGUGAUUUAUAACCUAGAAAACUGGUAUCUGGCCAGUGUGAGCUUGGAAACUAAGCAGAGGAAUUCUUAAAUGAAUUGAGUCAGUGUUUGAGGUGAAAUUUUUUUCUUGAUAAUGCUCAGUUUUGAAAUAUAGGGGAAAGUGUGGACUGCUAACCUCAUACUGCUCUACAACAAUAUUGCAAAUAGAUUUCAGAUUUUCAGUAUUUGAUUUUUUUCUCCCAUAAAAUCUUUUCAAAAUUUGCCCCUUAACUUUGCAGUCUGAACUCAGAGUAAAUCUAGAAUAUAUAUAUAUAAUAUAUAUAUACACACACACACACACAUAUAUACAUGCUUUGGUAAAGCAUGAAUUCCACUGCGACAGUUGAUUGUCCCAAUUACUUGAAAUCAAAUCAGUAAGUGAAAAAUGAUUAAAACUUCCUUCUAUAAUAGGAAGUGUAAGUGACAUUGAACCAAGUAUUUCCAUCAAAAAUUGAUCUUUAUCUCAUUUAAAUGCUGGAUACUUGAAGAUGAAAGUUCUGGUUACCAUUCUGAAAAUAAACUGCCUUAUUUUGGUAUUCAUAAUCCUGGAACAAGCUUUUAAAUCUAAAUUUCCAGACCCUCAUGGGCAUCAUCUAGUUGUACUGAACCUACAUCCAUUGUAUUGAGCAAUGGCAGUGCAUCAUACAGCCAUUAUCCUUUAGGAUGGUGCAAAGAUGUAAUUAAAUAUUUAUAAGAGCUACUUGUACUGAGCUAAAACUAUCUUGGUACACCAUCCAUUGUAUCCAGAACCCACCAAGUCUUUUACAGAUUAGGAGACGAAAGACGUGUUACAUCAUAAACAUUAGUGCAAUAAUAGAAGCUGUGAGUAAAGUAGAAGAGACUUUUUUUUACUCGCGCAAGGAGAGCUGUUGUAAUUAGUUCUAUGUUGUUAUGGAGAUUGGACAAUAAAGUAUUUGAGGAGUAUUUAGCCCUUUCUUACUGACUUCUCAUUGUCCUUCCUACAUCUUUUCUUUUUCCUUAUUGUGUGGUGUGACCUUCCUUUUGGAAGUAUUUUUUUCAUACUAUGUUCACGGUCUGGAGUUUCUGGUUAAUUGUACUGUGUUUAACUGAGAAUGAAGUAGGACGCAAUGCCAAGAAGUAUUUGUAUGAUGCUGUUAUCCACACGAUCAAAUUAAGUUACCCUAAGUCUGAAGUAUUAAUAUUACAAUUAUAAAAAUGCUGUAAAUUUU